AUGCUGACUGACAAAAUCCGCCUCAGCGGCUCCGAAUCCAAUGACAUAGAGGAUAUCCUCUCUUCCUCGCUGGGGGUGAUCUUCCCAGACGACAUCACAAACCAACACGGUGACCGAGACAACAACGUAAUCUACCUCUCCCCGUCCUUCGGGCCCAUCACCCUCACCCUCGCAGAUCCGCAAGGGGAAGAUAGUAGGAAGCUGUUCAGCCACUUUCUGUGGAAUGCCGGGUUGCAGCUUGCGGAGUUCAUCGAGGAGGGAGAUGUGCAGGGCAGGGACUGGAGUGUGGAUGGCGAAAGGGUGUUGGAGCUGGGCGCGGGGACUGGCCUGGCGGGGAUUCUGGCGGGGUUGAAGGGCGCGAGGGAGGUGGUCAUCAGUGACUAUCCUGCCCCCGAGGUCCUGGAAAAUCUCAGGGGAAAUGUGGAGAGGAAUUUCUUGUCUAGGAGAGACAAGACUGGCGUUGGCGAAGUGAGAGUUGAGGGUCAUGAGUGGGGGGUCCUUGAUGAUGCGUUCUCGAAGGAGAACAAGGAGAGCUUUGGAAGGAUCUUGGUCGCUGAUUGUUUGUGGAUGCCGUGGCAGCAUCUCAAUUUGCUGAAGAGUAUUAGGUGCUUUAUGAAGGAGGGUGGGAAGGCUUGGGUGGUUGCUGGCUUUCAUACCGGUAGGGCAAAGAUGAGAGGGUUUUAUGAAGAAAGUGUGCUGGUGGAAGCAGGGUUGGAGAUUGAGAAGAUUUGGGAGAGGAAUGCAGAAGGGGAGGAAAGGGAGUGGGUGCUUGAUAGAGGUAUUGAGGGUGUGACUGAGAGGAAGAGGUGGUUGGCAAUUGGGAUCUUGAGAAGGAGAGAGGGAUGA